GGCAUCUCUGGAUGUGCGAUUUCUUGUGAAAAAAUUACUCAUCGCCUUGUUUACCAGUGAUACAGCUUUCGUUUGCCCCGAUUUUUGGGCACAUCGUUAACAGUUUCUACGCGAAACUGCCGCACCAUGGAGGAUGAUCUUCCAACCGAGUAUGACCUGAUAGUGAUCGGAACAGGUCUCUCGGAAUCGAUAGUGGCUGCCGCCGCUAGUCGAAUAGGAAAAACUGUUCUGCAUUUGGAUUGCAACGAGUACUACGGUGGCUUUUGGUCGUCGUUUAAUUUUGAAAGCUUGCGGAAGUAUGCAGAGGAUUGCACGAAUCGUGCGAGUGGUGAAACACUAGCUGCGAAAGAUAAUUUUGUGCCACUACACAAGGCCACCUUCAUUGAGAAUGUUAGCGAAGAUUGGUUUAAAUUUGAGGAAUAUGGAAACAUUAAUGGCUGGGAUAAGGAUAGCAUUAUGAAGGAAUUUAGACGAUUUAAUGUGGAUCUAGCACCGAAGUUACUUUAUGCAAGGGGAGCCAUGGUAGAGUUGCUUAUAUCAUCAAACAUAUGUCGAUACGCUGAGUUCCGCGCGGUUGAUCGUGUGGCUACGAUCUGGAAUAAUCGUAUUAUGACAGUACCGUGUUCUCGAUCCGACGUAUUCACAAGUCGAGAUGUGAACGUGGUUGAGAAACGGCUUCUGAUGAAGUUUCUUCAGAGUUGUGCCAGCUACGAAAGCGAAGGUGGCGAUCACAAGGCUGAGGAUAUCGAGGGUAAAACAUUCCUAGAGUACUUGAAGAGUCACAAGUUGACGCCGAACUUAAUCCAUUACCUUUUGUACACUAUUGCCAUGGGAACUGACACGACUAGCUGCCGUCAGGGUUUGGAAGGUGUUAAAAAGUUUCUACUAAGUCUGGGACGGUACGGUAAUAGUCCCUUUCUAUUUCCAAUGUACGGUUGUGGAGAGAUCCCGCAGUGUUUUUGUCGUUUGUGUGCGGUUUUUGGCGGUAUCUAUUGUCUUAAUAAGAAAGUUAAUGGUAUUAAUUUAACACAGGAAGCGGAAGGGGGUGGCCUUCGUUUUCAAUCGCUUAGCUGCGACCAACAGAAGCUUGAAGCGAAAAAUCUAGUCAUUGGGCAAGGAUAUGUCGGAGAAGAAGUGUUCAUCAAGGGUGAUCCACUGAAGGAAGCGCAUGGUGGUGCGCAUUGUGGGAAACUUGCUCGAGCGAUUUUCCUAACGAAUGUUCCUCUGGGUGGAGCAUCCCAAAAUACUGGCGGUGGUGGUGCAGCACUGCUAAAACUUCCACCGGUGGAAGGUCAUGAGGAUGGAGCAACUAUAAUUCAAUUGGCCCAUUUCAGCGGCACUUGUCCUAAGGAUAUUUAUCUCAUACACAUAACUGCUAAAUCUCUCAGUGAUGACCCUCGUGCAGAUCUGGAGCCGUACGUGAUGCAAAUUCUUAGAAGAAAUGCCCCCGGACCGCAAUCGAUGCCUGCGGAGGAGGAUGAAAUAGUGGAAAAUGGGGAAGAAAAUGACAUAUCCACUAUUAUCUACGAAUUAUACUUCAACAUUCCAUCAUGCGUCGCUUGUCAGACCGAUUGUUCAACGGCCUCUCUUCCGAAAGGUAUUUAUCUGGCGUGCGGUCCUUUCGCUGAGUUGGACUUUGACGAAAGCAUAGCUCGGGCAAAAGCAAUCUUUAAAGAUAUAUACCCGGAGGAAGAAUUCCUUCCUCGUGCCCCAGACCCGGAGGAGAUCAUCAUCGGAGAAGAGACAGACGAAGCUCAGGAAAUUACUGUGGGUGAAGAGGAAGGUCAUCAACAAGCGGAAAAGGUGGAGAGUGGACGCGAAUGCCAAGAAGGUGACGCCGCUUCCAUUAUAUCGCAAACAACGGAAGGACCCGUCCUGACCGCAGCAAUUUCCGAUGCCCAAGAAGCAAAAGAGGAUUUGGUCGAAAAUGCCGAAGAAUGCAUUGAGCAAAAGUAAUGAAAACACGUUUACAUUCUAGGCUUAUUGCGUAAAAGUGUAUUUGCUUGUUUUGCGUAUAUUUUUUGAUAAUCAUCAUACUGAAAAAUCUAACCUCAACGCUAUUGUUUAAAUAGCUACAAUAAAUUAUUACUUCAGCUUAAGAUUAUGGUUAAA